AUGACUUCCUGGCGUGCCUGGCCCUGGGCCCUGGGGCUCUCCUGUGGUGUGGUGCUGCUCCACCUUUGGCUGCGUCAGUGUCCCAGCGAGGUGGAUGUGCUGCCGCCCUUCCGGCGCUUGCGGGCCGAGUGUCUGCGCGUCUAUGCGGAGCUGCUCACGGUGCUGGCGCUGACGGGGGCGCAGGAGGUUCAGACGGAGGAUCCCUUGGCGGAGGUCCUGGAUCAACCCUUGGUGCUUUCAAGCGCCCUUAGCGCUUGCGCUUUGCGCGUGGCAAAGCACUUGGGCUGGCGAUCGGAGGACUUAGAGGCAGUGGUGGCAUCCUAUGCACGGCUGCCAGAGGUGAUGGAAGGCUUAUCCGAGUUGCAAGAACUGCAUCGGAGCUGCUUGCAGACCGGCUUGCCUCCAGCCCUUGGCUCCAAAAACCCAUGGCUUUCCGAGAACUUGGAGCAGGAUUCCACCCGGGCCCUGCAGGUUUUGCAGGAUUUGGGUGAACGCAAGGCCCAAAAACUGGCCGAGCUCAAACCGGGACCUGGACUGGGCCCCCAAAUCUUGCAGCUCUGCGAAGAGGUGGAGCAGGAGUUCUGGGCCGGGUCAGGGGAGAGCUCGCAGAGCUCGGACGCCUUGGAGCUGUCCUUUGGCUCCGCGGUGCUGGCCUUGGAUAGCGGCGAAUUUCAAGAACGUUAUACCAAGCUGAUGAAGGACUUGGAAGUGAAGUUGCCCAGCUUGGGCCGCGUGACCUUUUCCCGCUAUGGAAGCUCCAGUCCCGGAGCCAAGUGGCGCCAAGCGUCGGGCCCUACGUCCGCGAAUCGUGAAGGGUCGGCUACCUUCAACGCUUCCCCAACGGCCACCUCCGGCCACCUCCGGACGCACGGCACGGGCGCCCCUUCAGCGAUGCAUCCGGCGAAGCGCCGCAAGCGCGGCGGCGUGAAGGCGCGCGAGCGCCGGGAGCGCCAGGCGGACGGCGGCGGCGGACGGACAAGGGGUGAGGAGGCCCCCAUCACAGCCUUCCGCGUGAAUCGGGGCUCUGGUGCCCCUUCCAGCCCCUCUGCGUUCCCCAGCGCAUCCAGAGAUGCGCCGCGGACACCUUCCUCCGUGUUCAACGUUCCCAAUGUGUCUUUUUCCUUCUCAGGGGCUUCCAUGACUCCCAUUGGCGCCAGCGCUCCAAGGACUCCAGCCAUUGGCGGAAGCAGCUUUUCAGCCGGCGCUGCGCCCAGCCCCCCCAGGGCUACUCCAAAUGGAACGUUUGAUGCUCCCGGCUCUGCUUCGAUCACUCCUGGAGCUUGGGAUGAUCAUCCCGGGGCUCCUCCAGCCCCUCCAAGUGGAGCCUGGAGCCAUCCAGCUGUGGAUACUCCACCGGAGCCUCCAAUGGAAGAGGAGGAAGAGGCAGCUGAGCCCUCCCGGGAAGAGGCUUCCAAGCUCUCUGAUGCAGCAUAUUUUGAGGCCUAUGACCAGAUGGAGGUCCACGCCUUGAUGCUGAGCGACUUCCAGCGCCUGGGGGCGUAUCUGGCAGCCAUCCGGGCGCAUCACUUGCAGGGGAAGAAGGUCCUGGACGUUGGAGCCGGAAGUGGCAUUCUGAGUUUGUUGGCCGCCAAGCACGGCCUGGCGGAGCACGUGUGGGCGGUGGAGGCGGUACCGGGCAUGGCCAAGAUGGCCAAGCAGCUGGUGGAGCAAAAUGGUUUGCAGGACAAGGUGACGGUUCUCAACAGUCGUGUGGAAGAUGUAGAACUUCCUGGCAAGGUGGAUGUGAUCAUCUCUGAAUGGAUGGGUUUCUAUUUGGUUCACGAAUCCAUGUUAGAGUCGGUCUUAAAAGCUCGAGACCGUUUCCUCCAACCACAGGGCCUCAUGCUGCCCAUGUCCGCCCGGAUUUGGGCUGCCCUCGUGGAGGCGGAGGACCUGCGGACAGAGAUCGCCGGCUACGAGGACUUCUUGGGCUUGGACUUGGGAGUGGUGGGUGAACAUCAGCUCAUGCAGCGCAUGGCGGAGCCGCAGGUCGAGGAGGUUCAGCCCAGGACGACUAUUGGACGGAGCGGGGUACACCUCAGCAUGUGCAUCAUCGCCAUCGCUGAUGUGAAAUCGCAAGUGGAGCUCCAGCUCCCAUACAACAUGAAGUGCAAAGUCGAAGAGUUUCAGGAGGCAGAUGAGAUCCCCGACGAGCGAACGCCCGUCGCCGGACCGGCGGUGGCGCCGUCAAAACCCUCGCUGCCGCUGAUCGGAAAGAUCGACAAGGACACAGCCUGCCGCACCAAUGCCACAGAGCCAGGAAUGGCCAUCAUGACUUUCCUCGAGGCCAACGGCUUCAAGGCUGGCGAAGUCAAUUCCAAGAAGCAGAGCUGGAGAGUCUUCACCUCGUAUCCUCUGCAUGAGGCGGUGAAGCAGAACAACCCCCACAUGGUGGCCUUACUUCUCAGCUUCGGGGCUGAUACUCUGGCCACAGACCAUCUGGGGCGAACCGCCUAUGCCUUGGCCAAGAGCUACAAGUACCAGGAAGUCAUCGAAGCCUUCGACAAGUUAGGCCUGUCACCGACAUCUCCCUAUUUCAAGGGCAGCAAAUUGGAACAAAAUCCACCUCCUAUUGGCUUCGAGCAGUUCUUCGCUGAUCUGGAGAAGGACCCACUGGUCCAUCGCAAAUCCGCAGAUCGCGAAUGGUUGGGCAUCGCAGGCUCCAGGCGACUCAGAACUGCGGAGCCCAAGGAGCAGGACUUCAAACAAAGGCGGCGGUGGAGGGGACUUCCAGGGACUUUCAAAGCGGAGAAUUUUCGGAGCCAUUUUCAUGGAGAUUUAUAA